UACAAUGUACAAACUCCAUAAUUAAUCUUGUUAGAUCGAAUAAGCAAAUUAAACCCAACUCUCUCAAAUUUGAUAUACAUUCAUAUAUUUAUGUGUGUAACUACAAUGACGACUGAAAUUAUCAACAAAUGGAACUCCACAACCUUCGACAAACUCUUCAUUUUCGACACUACUAAUCGCAACGAAAUCGUUCCUUACUUACAAGCCAUAGACGAAAUCCAACAAAAAUUAUUAGUAUCGUCAAAUGACCAAAUGACAUCCAAAUCUCAUCUUGUUCCAAUCAUCGUAUCUAGACUAACUAAAGAGUUUCACAACAUUUUAAAAGUCAACUCAAAGUCAACCCCUUCAUCCUUAAACAACAACCCAAACUUAAACACCCAAUCAACCACAAUGACAGACAGUGCCGCCAGUAACUAUGAAGUGUACGAUGAUGACGUGUACGUGAGCCGCGAGACGAUGAUGAAAAAUGAGUGUGUUGUUGAUCUUAGAAACAUUGUUACAAGAAUGCAUGCUUUUGGUUUUGUUAAAGAUUGUUUAAAAGUGUAUGUUAACGAACGAAAGCUUGUUAUCGAUAACGAGUUUGAACGUAUGAAAGUCGAGAAGUUGAGUGAGUAUAGUGCUAAGAGAUUGGAAUGGGGGGUGUUGGAAAUGAAGAUUGAGAUUUGGAUCAAAACCAUGAAAAUUUGUUUCAACUAUUGCUUUGAGUACGAGAAGCGGUUAUGUGAAUUGAUAUUUCAUGAUCUUGGAGAGGACAGUAGUUUGGUUGAUGAUUGUUUUAUGGAUGUGAUUAUGGAUUAUAUGAAGCUAUUGUUGGACAAUGCUGAAGCAUUAAGUAGUAUUCGUGUUGCACCUGAAAGGCUUUUUAAGAUAUUGGAUGUUUAUGAUACGUUGUGUAGCGCAAGGCCUUUGAUGAAUAACUUUUUUAAUAGGCAAGGUUGGGAGGUUUUAGGAAGUCGAGCAGAGAAUGAGAUUGUUCCUAAACUUGGUGAUAAAGUGAGGGAAAUUUUGUUUAAGUUUGAGAAUUCGGUGGUUAAAGAGAAGUCUUCGUUUGUUUGUAAGGAACCGGUUCAUCAGUUGGCCAAGUAUGUGAUGCAUAACGUUUACAAGUUAUGUGACUAUAAAGAUACUUUGACGGGGAUAGCUCUAUCUGAUCUUCCGUCUAUGGAUGCUGUAGAAAUGAGGUCUGAAAGUUUGGUAUUGGAAGGGGGAAACGGGUUUUCUGUCCAUAUAGUUUGGAUAGUAUUGAGUUUGAUAUCGAAUUUGGAGGUUAAAGCAAGUCUAAUUAAAGAUCCCCUGGUUAGUCGCUUCUUUCUUAUGAACAACUUUCGUUAUAUCAGUCAGAAGGUCCAGGGACGGCCAGAAAUGAGGGAAAGGGUUGGAGAUGAGAAUAUGAACAAGUUAAUUCAGAAGUUUCAAAGGGCAAGGGAUGAUUAUUUGAAAUUAAGUUUGGAGGCAGUGUUGAGGUGCUUAAGAGAUGAGGGAUUGAACAAUACAAGGCGUUUACCUCAAAGGGUUUCGAAAUUGACAGAGAGACUAAAGAAAUUCAAUGCUGAGUUUGAGAAACUUCAAAAGGAUCAUAGAAAAUCGGUUGUUGCUGAUUUUGAACUUAUGGUAGAGCUUCGUAAAUCAAUUGUUGAGAUGGUUGUUGUUGCUUAUACUAACUUUCUUCGUCAUACAGAGAAUAUACCUCGUCUGCAGACAUAUAUUAAGUCUUCAGCUGAAGAGAUUGAAUCUGUCAUCCAAGAAUUCUUCGUUUACAACCCAACCCGGUGACUAUUUGUUGUUACUGGUUUUUAACAAAUAUUUGAUUUGUUUUAUGUUUAUAUCAAGUAUUUGUUAUAAUGAGGUAAUCUUAUAUAGAAAUUGAUUGUCUUCAAGUUGUGUAAUCUUGUAUAGAAAUUAAUUGUCUUCAAGUUAUGUCAUUUCAGCCAGGGUUACAUAGUUCUGUGACCUUGUCUCUGAUGUACUAUUCUAUUCCAAUAAUAAAUGGACCAUCAGUUCAUUGCAAGCUCCAAAGAUGACACAAGCUGUUU